UGUUUUGGUGGUGCUGCUGCUGGGUUGGUGAGGAUAGGCAUCCCUGACUCACAGACUGCUCACUUCUUAGAAGGGAGUGUCCAGGGGUGACAAACAAUUCGUCCCACUGACCAAGAGUGAUUUUUUUCACCCAAAAUAUGGACUCUUUAUUGAUUUAGUAAACCCAGGUACAAAGAGAGUUGAGCUCUGAAGUCAAAAGUUGUGCAUAAGGAAGAUCAUUAUACAGAGUCAUUUCACUAAUAAUUCUGAAUUCUUCUCCUUUUCAUGCUGAAGGAGUCAUGAGGGAAGACAAUCAGUCCUCUACCCUGAAUUUCAUUCUCCUGGGAAUUACCAGUCAACAGGAGCAGGAAUGUGUUGUCUUCAUUCUCUUCCUAUUUAUUUAUCCCAUCACACUGCUUGGAAAUUUGCUCAUCAUCUUGACCAUUCUUUCCGACGUUCAUCUUCACAACCCCAUGUACUUUUUCCUUGCCAACCUCUCCUUUGUUGAUAUCCUUUUCUCGUCUGUAACCAUCCCUAAGAUGCUGGCAAACCACCUUGUGGGCAGCAAAGCCAUCUCCUUUGGAGGAUGCUUAACACAGAUGUAUUUCAUGAUUGCUUUGGGUAACACAGAUAGCUAUAUCUUGGCUGCGAUGGCAUAUGAUCGUGCUGUAGCCAUCAGCCGACCUCUCCAUUAUACAACAAUUAUGAGCCCGAAGUUUUGCAUCCUGCUUGUUGCUGUGUCUUGGGUGAUUGCAAAUGCCAAUGCCCUCCCCCACACUCUGCUCACAGCUAGUCUGUCCUUCCGUGGGAACCAGGAAGUGGCCAACUUCUACUGUGACAUUACACCUUUGCUCAAAUUGUCCUGUUCAGAUACCCACUUGAAUGUAAAAAUGAUGUACCUAGGAGUUGGUGUUUUCUGUGUGCCAUUAAUAUGCAUUACCAUCUCCUAUAUCCGGGUCUUCUCCACUGUCCUACAGGUUCCAUCCACCAAGGGUGUGCUCAAAGCUUUCUCCACCUGUGGCUCCCACCUCACAGUUGUUUCUUUGUACUAUGGGACAGUGAUGGGCACGUAUUUCCGUCCUCUGACCAGCUACAGUCUGAAGGAUGCAGUGAUAACUGUGAUGUACGUGGCAGUGACCCCAAUGUUAAAUCCUUUCAUCUACAGUCUGAGAAACCGGGACAUGAAGGGUGCCUUAGGGAAACUCUUCAGCAAGAAAAUUUCCUCAUAACCAGUAUGAGAUCAUAGAUUGAGGAGGGCAGUCACCAUUAGGCAUGCACAUAAGAGUCCAGCCCCAAUGUCAUCCCCCUUUAAGAAGCCAUCGUUGAUCUUUCCAGCCAGAAAUUCUUCUCAGCAAUCUUAUUACAAUAUCAUGAGACAUCUCAUUGAAAUUAUCACUUUAUUUGCAUUAUUGCUCCUUUUGGCAGAAUGGCAGCUCAAGAUUGUUAAGUUCAUGUCCCAGUUAUGCUACUGACUAGCAGAGUAAAGUUGAGAAAGUCGGAGCUUUGGCUGCAACAUCUACAUAUGUGCCUGUCACAGGUUUGAGAGAAUCACAUAAGCUCAUGCUUUGAAGGAUAUAAAUUAUUACUGAAAUGUCAAUUCUUACUGCACUAUUAUGUUUAAUCACCCCUACUAUG